CUCCAAUUGCUUGGAAAGUGACAACAUACGAUACCACGAUACUUCAACCACAUGAUCAUAAAGAGCGCGAGGGAUUUAUAAGUUCGAAACCAGGCCCAAAUUCGACUUUAGAGAUACCGCAUAGCAAUUGUUUUGAUUGAUCGUUCCAGAAAAAUCUGUUUACACGAUGGGGAAGAUUAUCCUCUCAAUCAAUGCGGGCUCAAGCUCCGUGAAGAUAUCCGUCUUCUCCGCCGAGCAAGGUCAAGCACCAUCGCAAAUAGCGGAAGCGCAACUUAGCGGCCUGACAUCACCACCAGUAGAGCUCAAAUACUCGCGGGAAAAUGUCUCAGUUUACAAGAACAAGAAGUUGGAAGAGGACGUAAAGAACCAGGACGCCGCAUUCAAGCUUCUUCUCAAGACGCUGGUGGAAGAUCCGGAACUGGCGGAGAUAUCCAGCAUGGAUGAUAUCGGCAUCACAUGCCACAGAGUCGUUCAUGGCGGCGACUAUGAGACUUCGCAGCUCAUCACGGAAGAGACAUAUCACCACUUGGAGGCCUUGACGGAUUUGGCACCCUUGCAUAAUGCCAGCGCGCUCGAGAUCAUCAAGUCGUGCAUACAGGAGCUUCCGAAAGCUGUCAAUGUGGCAUGUUUCGAUUCGCAGUUCCAUUAUACGAUGCCGGAGCAUAUACGAACCUAUCCUAUCAAUCCUGAGAUCGCCAAGAGUAACCAGCUAGGCAAGUAUGGCUUCCACGGCAUCAGUUAUCAGUUCAUCACGAACUCGGUUGCUAAAUUUCUCAAUAAACCAAAGGGGGACUUGAACAUCAUUGCCCUGCAUCUGGGCAGUGGUGCCAGUGCUUGCGCUAUCAAGGGCGGAAAGUCCUGGGACACCAGUAUGGGCCUCACACCCCUUGCAGGCUUGCCAGGAGCUACUCGCAGUGGAAGUGUUGAUCCUAGCUUGGUCUUUCACUACGCGAGUGACGUGGGAAAACUCUCACCGUCCUCGACGAAAGAAUUGCAUAUCUCGCGCGCCGAAGAAAUCCUGAACAAGGAGAGCGGUUGGAAAGCCCUCACCGGCACGACCAACUUUGGCGUCAUUGCAGGGUCCGACGACCCGAAGUGCAAGCUCGCAUUUGAUUUGUUCGUGGACCGCGUUCUUGGUUACGUGGGGAGUUACUAUGUCUCGCUGGGGGGCAAGGUUGAUGCACUGGUCUUUGCGGGCGGCAUUGGCGAGAAGAGUGAUAAGCUGCGCCAGCGUGUCGUUGAACAGGCCGGAUGCUUGGGAUUUGAAAUCGACGAUGCGCUGAAUGGGAAUCCAAUUCAAGAUGUGGUGCAAGAUGUCGGCAAGGAGAGCGCGAAGCAUAGAACGCUGGUCUGUUUGACGGAUGAGCAAUUCGAGAUGGCCAGGGGCUGCGCCCAGGAUCCGGAGUUAUGGAAAUAAGGAACAAGAUCGAUUGUAACCUGGGGUAAGCUACGGAUUAGUGAUCACGAAUUAAGAAACUGGCUAUAAUCGUAUGAUGUUAAUGCACUUGUCUGCACCAAGCCGCCCGCGGAUGAUAGAUGGGAGCUGAAGUUAGGGUGUGAUAAUGAUAUUUAUUGAUGCUUU